AUGGCACUAAUCAAUGGACUCCUCAACUCUCAGGUCAAGGACAAGCUCGGACUUCAAGCAAUCUCAUUCACAACCAAUACAUUGGACAAUCCAUAUCGCGACCUGCCCCCUCAACCAGAGUUCAACGAUCAAUCUGAAGUGCCAUAUCAACCGAUUAGAUCCCUUAGCAUUCCAUUGUUGCACAAGAUGAACAACCUCACCAGUCUGGAACUCCAGUUCCAGCAAUCAGUUCAAGACAAUGGUCUUGUUGACAAACUUCAACAGUUCUACGCUGGAGCGCACUCACUCAACAAGCUUGUGCUCUAUGUCACAUCGGUGAAUGUGAUUCACUUGCUGCCUCAUUGCCAGACGACACCAAUCAAAUCACUCAAUUUGAUGCUCUAUGACAUGAACCAUAUGGCCUUUCUCAGUGCCAAGGGCAAGCUUCACCAACUGUUUCACACGAUGGCCACACAUCUCCAGCAGACCAUGAUCAAACACUUGGAAUACCUCUCCAUCAAUAUGAACAACAAUGGGUUCAUAUUUGCAUUCAACAACCAUUAUCUGUCAACGUUGAUCACAGCACUCCAACUGCAUUGUAUCAAUGAUCGUCUUCCAAUAAACUUCUACAGACUCGUCGACUAG